AUGGCUGAUCAACCGACCAACGACGCCGUCGUUGACGCCUCACCUGCUGCCCAGGAAGUCGCUGCAGAGUCAGCCCCCGUCGAUUCUGCUCCGGUUCAACCAGAACAGUCGCAUCCUGAGACAGCUCCCGAAGGAGCUGCCGCAAAUGAAGCCGCGCCAGCCGAAGCUGAAGUUCAGCCAGUUGCUGACGCUGCUCCAGCUCAGGAGCCCUCCAACGUAGAAACAUCCGAAUUUGCUCCGCAAGCUGAAUCUGCUCCAGCCGAAGCUGUUCAAUCUGAAGCCGCUCCAGCCGAAUCCGCACCUGCUACAUCUGAAGAAGCUCAUCCCGAGUCAGCUCCUGAAGGCACCGCUGCCAACGAAGGAGCUCCAGCUGAGGCCGAAGUUGCUCCAGUCGCCGAAGCCGCCCAUGUCGAAGAGCCAUCAAACGUCGAGACCGCACCAGUCGCUCCAGAAGCCGAGUCAGCCCCAGCUGCUGUCGAGGAGCCAGUUCAGGCCGUGCACAUUGGCGAAAGUGAAGCUGCUCCAAAUCAAGAAGCUGCUCAAGAAGCCGCUCCAGAAGCUUCACCUGAGGCCAAAGAUCAAGAAGCCGCUCCAAGUCAAGGAGAAUCUCAGGAAGCCGCCCCAGAAACCGCUGCUGCUCAGGAAGCUGCUCCAGAAGCCGCAUCCGAACCUACGGCUGAACCUCAUCCCGAAAGCGCCCCAGAAGGUGCGGCCGCGACAGAGGCUGUUCCAUCCGAAGCUUCUGCGCCCUCUCUCGAUGCUUCCUCUGAACCAGAAGUAUCUAACGUCGAAACCAACGCCGUCGCUCCAGAAGCCGAUUCCGCCCAAGUUGAUGCUCCUCCAGCUGCUGAAGGUCAGUUAUUGUUUAAUUAUUCGAUUCACUUUUUAUAUGGGUUUUUUCUGCAUACGUGAUCAAUUUGUAUCAAAAAAAGAACACUUAUCUUUUAAAAAAAAUAACUUUUAGAUUUUCGUUUAGUCGCAUUUUUUUGCCACGACGAUGUUGCUGUUAUGAAAAUCUGAAUAUUCGGCUUCAGUUCUCAAAUAGGCAUGAACUCAUACUUGCAAAGCAAAAAAACCAUUUUUUUCCCCUUUUAUUGUUAAACCAGUUUCUUGAAUGAAACAGCUUUUUAUUAACAAGUUUUUCUCAUUUUAUAGUUUAAGCUAAUAUGAAAAACACUAUUUAAUAUAUUGAGACUUCAAAAUAAAUACUUUAGCUUUUUGUAAUCGCGUUCGGAUAGAUGUAGAAUUAUAGCAAAGAGAAAAAAUAUCUCUUUUAAAACUUUCAAACUUGAUUUCAGGCGAGACAGCUCCAGCUGCUGAAGCUGCGCCAGAAUCUUCUCCAGCCGUCGCUGAAGGUUUUAUUUGUUAAUUUUUCAACAAACUUCAUAUGAAAUCUAGGCGAGUCUGCCCCCGCUGAGUCAACUGCUGUUGAAGAGCCAGUUCAUGUCGUAGAAGUUAGUUCGACAGAGGCCCCUUCAGAAACUGCGACUGAGACUCCUGCCGCAGCAGAAUCAGCUCAAGAUACCUCUUCUGAAGCUCCAGCAUCUGAAGAAGCUGCACCAGCUCAAGAAUCCGCUCCAGAAGCCUCCUCCGAAGCUCCUUCCACUGAGGAAGCUGCACCAGCUCAAGAAUCCGCUCCAGAUGCAUCCUCUGAAGCUCCUCCCACCGAGGAAGCUGCACCAGCUCAAGAAUCCGCUCCAGAAGCCUCCUCCGAAGCUCCUUCCACUGAGGAAGCUGCACCAGCUCAAGAAUCCGCUCCAGAAGCAUCCUCUGAAGCUCCUCCCACCGAGGAAGCUGCACCAGCUCAAGAAUCCGCUCCAGAAGCCUCCUCUGAAGCUCCUUCCACCGAGGAAGCUGCACCAGCUCAAGAAUCCGCUCCAGAAGCAUCCUCUGAAGCAUCCUCUGAAGCUCCUUCUACCGAGGAAGCCGCUCCAGCUGCCUCCGAAGGUUUUGUUCUUCAUCCGCAACACUUGUUUCAUGUGCCUUUCAGGAGAGUCUGCACCAGCGGAGCCAGCUGCUGUUGAAGAGCCAGUUCAUGUCGUAGAAGUCAGCUCAGCUGAGGCGGCUCCUGCUCAGGAAGCAUCUCCAGAAGCUUCUUCAGAGUCUCAAGUCUCUAAGGAAGAUGUACCAGCUCAAGAAUCCGCUCCAGAAGCCUCCUCCGAAGCUCCUUCCACUGAAGAAGUUGUACCAACCCAAGAAUCUGCUCCAGAGUCUUCUUCUGAAGCACCAGCAGCCGAGGAAGCAGCUCCAACUCAGGAUUCCGCUCCAGAAGCACCUGUCGCCGCAGACUCUCACCCAGAAACUGCUCCUGAAGGCGCCGCUGUCACCGAAGCUGUUCCAGCCGAAGCCGAAGUUCCCUCAUUGCCAGCCGAUGAAACUGCCGCCGCUGACGGAGUUGUUCCAGCUGUGGAGACGAACGAAGUUCCGGGAGGUGAAGAACCACUUGCCUCCGACGAAGAGAUCGAUCCCGAAGACCCGGAGAAGAAGCGACGCCGCAAGAAGGUUAAGAAUGGUCAGUAAAUUUUUUUUUACCAAAAAUCAGAAAGUGUGACAUUAAGGGACAUCGUUUUUUUUUUCUUUUCUUCAAAAUGCAAAUUCAAAAUAAUUUUUUUAUUUUAAUCAUUCAAUUGAGUACCUUCAGUUGCUGAAGCCGAGCCGAAAACCAUCGUGCCUGAUGACGCCGACGUUGUCGCCGCACCAGAAGCCGCUGCCGCCAGCUAA